CUUUACUUUGCCUGAAUAAUAAGUGGUAACCCAUUUUAUCCAGCUAACCCCAGAAAAAAGAAUUCUUCUCCCAAAUUCUCACAUUUUCUCCAUUCAAUAUCGGCGUUUUUCUUUCACGCGCUUCCAUCUUUUCAAUAAACCCCUGUUUAGCUUUUUUCCGCCAUUAAAAUUAACCAAUAAAAAAGCUCCAAACAGGGGGAAACACAACAAAAUUCAGAUCAAAAUCGAAGAGAAAAACAAAACAUAAAUCAAAUUCCUUCCUUUCAAAAAAAAAUAUAUAAAUUUGCUUUCUUUUUUUCUCAAAAUUCUUGAUUUUUUUUCAUUUUCUCUCUCCUCUUUUUAUGUUGUAAGUGAUGUACAGAUCUGGGACAGUAAUGGCGUGGAAUGUGUUCAGAUUUUGCACUGCUUUGCGGGGUUUAGGGUCGAUCAUGAUCUUGCUUGUUUUAGGUGUUGUGGGUGUUACGUAUUACGCCGUCGUUUUGACCAGUUAUGGACCUGCUUUAUUUGAUGGUGGUCUUGAUACUCUCACUUCUAUCGUCGUUUUGAUACCUUUUCAUGGUUUGUUAGCCAUGUUGUUGUGGAGUUAUUUUUCUGUUGUUUUUACUGAUCCGGGCGGUGUGCCCUCGAAUUGGAGGCCUAGUGUUGAUGAGGAGAGAGGUGAGAAUGAUCCAUUGACUGCGUCUGACUUCAGUGGAGUGCAAUCUGACCCAUCUCAUACGAAAGUUCGAGCUUGUCGGAAGUGCAAUCAGCUGAAACCUCCUCGUUGUCAUCAUUGCUCUGUUUGUGGGAGGUGUGUUCUAAAAAUGGAUCACCAUUGUGUAUGGGUUGUCAAUUGUGUUGGGGCAUUAAACUAUAAGUAUUUCCUUCUAUUCCUGUUCUACACAUUUUUGGAGACCACUGUUGUGACAAUUUCGCUGCUGCCACAAUUUAUAGCAUUCUUUAGUGAUGGAGAAAUACCUGGAUCACCAAGCAGUCUUGCAACGACUUUCCUUGCAUUUGUCUUGAAUUUGGCAUUUGCAUUGAGUGUUAUGGGAUUUCUCAUCAUGCAUAUAUCUCUAGUUGCAGCUAAUACCACUACUAUUGAGGCAUAUGAGAAGAAGACAAGCCCAAAGUGGCGUUAUGACCUUGGCAAGAAGAAAAACUUUCAGCAGGUAUUCGGAAUGGAUAGGCGGUAUUGGUUCAUCCCGGCAUAUUCAGAAGAAGAUAUACGAAGGAUGCCCGAACUUCAGGGUCUCGAAUACCCAUCAAAACCCGAUCUUGAUGCACAAGAGUUCUAACACGUGUUGGUUCCAUAUCUCUGACAUUCACAACUGUUCAUUACAAUCUUGGAUUCAGAGCUCUGAUAGAAAUGCUGCUUCUCUUAGUCUGAUCGAGCGAGUGGCAAUUUUUUUGGGUUCCGAGUCCGUCUGUUCUUUACUUGCUUCUAAAAUGUAAAAGCCAUCAAAGGAAAGAGAGAAUAUAAUGAACAUAGAAAAGAAGAGAGGAAAGACUGAUGUUUUUAUAGGGAGCAGGAAGAUGUAGGUUGUAGAGCAUUGGCGGAAUGGCGGGACUGCUUCUUACAUGUAUGUUUUUAAGUUAACAGUCUGAUCCUUGAUGGGAGUGUGGCGGGGGCUUUGUAAUACAGGAAUUGCUGAUGUUUAUAUUAUGGUAAGCCAAAAAAUUGAGGGGGAAUUUGCAUUAUUAGGUUUUGCUUCACUGCAACAUUGAUUCCUCUCAUGACUAAAUUUCCCACUUACCCUCAUAUUUUUGGGCCUUUCCAUCACAUGAUUCUUUUAUGUCAAUAUAUACUAGUGCUUAUUUUUGUA